ACAAGGCAAGUAGCCAGACAGCCAGACAGCGUUGCCGAUGGCACCACCAGCAACGGUUUGCAAGAUUACGCUCGACGGUAACUCCCAGGAUGUGUUCUUCGCCGGCCAGAAGCUCUCCGGUACGGUCGAUCUUACGCCAUCGAAGGCGAAGAAGGUGAAAGGAGUGCAGCUAAAGAUCACGGGCGUCGGGUGCGUACGAUGGACGGAAACCUACGGUACCGGGACGACGGUGCUGUUCAGUGGACGCGAGGAGUACCUUACCCAUACCGUGGAUCUGUUACGCUCGGAAACGGACGAACCGAUCGAGCUGCCUGCCCAGCGGCAUCUCUACAAGUUUUCGCUCCUGCUGCCACAUACGCUGCCAACGUCGUUCGAAGGUGAUUACGGUUACAUCCGCUACACGGUCCGGCUCGUCCUGCAGCGACCGUGGAAGUUCGAUCUCACGUACAAGAUCGCGUUCACCGUCGUCAAUCAGCUGAACCUGAAUGCGCUCGAUCCACCGCUGAACGUGGCGGUGGUACAGGAGCAGAUCAAGCACUUCAGCUGUGGUCCCUGCCGCUCGGAUCCGCUCACCAUCAACGUACUGCUACCGAUGACCGGGUACGUCCCGGGCCAGUUCAUCCUCACCACCGUCGACAUCUCGAACCGCAGCAACAAGUGCAUCGCGGAGGUAAAGCUGAAGCUCCGCCGCAAAGUCCUGUACCGCAGCAAAAGCCCGUACGAGCAGACCAAGGUGGUGCGCUGCACGCUCGCCAAGUUCCAGUGCAGUGGCGUCGACAGCAAAUCGUCGGCCGGCUACGAACGGCGCUUUCUGGUGCCACCGGAACCGCCGACCCGGAGCGAUACGAUCAUACGGCUCGAGUAUUACGUCGAGGUGGUGGCAAAGGUGCUCGGCAUGGCCAGCAGCCCCCGGGUACGGAUACCCAUCACCAUCGGUACGAUUCCGCUGAUGAAGCUCAACCGAACGCAACAACGAGCGUCCAUCGUGGAGGCACACUUCGUACCGUCUUCCUCCUCAUCGGGCGGACCGAAGAAGCACGCCAGCAUACAAUCUCUCACGAUUCCACAUACGUUUGAGCAAUCGUUGAAUCGUACGGAGGUACACAUCGAGGACGAUGACGAUCCGCCGUCUUUCGGAACGCUAGUGUUUGCGCCCCGCUAUCCGGUGUAUCGGUUCGAGGACGAAGAUGAUGGAAGCGAGGUGGUAUCAGCUACUCCCGGUCGUAAAUCCACAAAGAAGCAAACGGACGACACGGCAGCACCAGGGAAGAGCUCCACCAGCCAGAGCUAACCGGAGCUAUCGACUGCGUCCGCGCGUACGGUAUUUGGCCCUCGGAACCUUCACUACAUUCCAUACUCUUUUUGGGAUCCCGGUGCUUUGCACACUAUUUACUCCUUACUGUAACUUAUUUGAGGGAACUUUAAUGUGGCUCUUAGCGAAAUAAAUCGCAACAAGGUUGUGUGUGUUGUUCAUCGAGAAUGCAAGAUGCUUUUCU